AUGAUCCUGACUCUGCUGCUCGGCCUCGGGGGGGCCCUGGGCUGGGGGCUGCUGGGGGCCUCGGCUCAGGCCCCCGGUCCCAAGUUCUCUGACCCACCCAGCCCCGGGCUGCCUGGGGCCUGGAGGCCCGAGGCUGAGGACAUUGGCAGCGACCGACGGAACUGGUGCCCCUACCAGAGGUCCAGGCUGGUCACCUUCGUGGCUGCUUGCAAAACGGAGAAGUUCUUCGUCCACUCACAGCAGCCGUGUCCGCAGGGAGCCCCGUGCCAGAAGGUCAACGUCAUGUACCGCGUGGCCGCCAGGCCGGUGUACCAGGUCAGACAGAAGGUGCUGGCCGCCGUGGCCUGGAGGUGCUGCCCCGGCUUCGCCGGCCCUGACUGCCAGCACCAUGAUCCCACUGCGAUCCCGGGUGCCGACCUCCAGGAGCCCUGGGCCGGGCCGGCUGGCGAGGAACCGGCUGCAGAGCCCGGUCACUCCGGGGCGCUGCAGGAGCGCCUGCUGAGAGAUCUCCAGAAUGACGUCCACCACACGGCCGACAGCCCCUCGGGCCCGGGGACGGCCCCGGCCAGCAACCUCACAGCUGCAGCCACCGAGGCAGACGAGGGGGAGCUCGAGUUCCCUGGCCAGUCCCCGGAGCGGGUGCUGCCUUUCGGCCCCGAUUGGAGCGGCUUUAACCACAGCCUGCAUAGCCUCUUUGAGGCGGUCAGGAACCUCUCCUUGGGUGUGGAGGCCAACCGACAGGCCAUCAGCACGGUGCGGGACAGCGCUGUGCCCAGGGCUGACUUCCGGGAGCUCGGGGCCAAGUUUGAGGCCAAGGUCCAGGAGAACAGCCGGCGAGCGGGCCAGCUGCAGCGGGACCUGGAGGACGGCCUGCAGGCCCAGCGCCUCUCCCUGCAGCGCUCCCUUGCGGAGGUGCAGGCCGACGUGGAAGCCAAGCUGAAGAGGCUCCUCAAGGCCCAGGAGCAGCUGUCCAACGCCAGCCUGGCGGCCGCCGCGGCAGGAGCGGGCGCCCGGCCCGAGCCGGAGAGCCUGCAGGCCCGGCUGAGCCAGCUGCAGAGGAACCUGUCGGCGCUGCACCAGGCCGCCGGCCACCGGGAAGAGGCGCUGCAGGGCGCCCUGGCCGACAUGCAGGCGACCCUCGACCGGCACGUGGAGGAGAUCAAGGAGCUGUACUCGGAGUCGGAUGAGACCUUCGAUCAGAUCAGCGCGGUGGAGCAGCAGGUGGAGAAGCUGCGGGGGACGCAGCAGGAGCUGCGGGAGCUGCGCGUGGCCCUGAUGGAGAAGUCGCUCAUCGCCGAGGAGAACAAGGUGGACGCGGACCGGCAGCUCCUGGAGCUCAACCUCACCCUCCAGCACCUGCAGGGCGGCCUGGCCGACCUCGUCAAGUACGUCACCGACUGCGGCUGCCAGGGGCCCCGCGGCGGCCCCGAGGGCCUGGGCAACGCCACGCGCGCCCCGGAGCGCGCCCCCGGGAGCCCGGGCGCCGGCGCCGCCCCGCGGGCCGCGGAGCGCGAGGCGGCCGUGUGGCGGGCGCUGGAGGAGCGGCGCGCGGAGGCCCAGCAGGCGGGCGCGGAGCGGGCGCGGCUCCGGACGCAGCUGCGCGCGCUGGGCGGCCAGGCGGCGGCGCUGCAGGCGGCGCAGGGCGAGCUGCGGCGGGCGGCGGGCGAGCUGCGCGCCUCCUUCGCGGCGCUGCUGGCGGACGCGCUGCGGCACGAGGCGCUGCUGGCCGCGCUCUUCGGGGAGGACGCGGCGGCCGCCGAGGCGCCGGGGCCGCUGCCGCUGAGCUACGAGCAGAUCCGCGCGGGCCUGCGGGACGCGGCGCUGGGGCUGCAGGAGCAGGCGCGCGGCUGGGCGGCGCUGGCGGCCCGCGUGGCGGCCCUGGAGCGCGCGGGCGGCGCCGGGGCGGCGGCGCCGGAGCUGCAGCGCCUGGGCGCGGGCGUGCGGCGGCUGGAGCGCUGCUGCGGGGACGCGGCCGCGGGCCACGCCGCCCUCAACGGCUCCCUGCAGGGCCUGCACGCGGCCGUGGCCGGCGCCCAGCUCGGCCUGCGGCGGCAGCAGCAGCUCUUCCACAGCCUCUUCGCCAACUUCCAAGGGCUGCUGGCGGCCAACGCCAGCCUGGACCUGGGGCGGCUGCAGGCCGUGCUGGGCCGGAGGGAGAAGAAGGAGCAGAGGGGCCUGGACGCGGCCCGGAGGAGGGACAAGAAGCAGGCGGAGCCCCGGGCCCCGCGGCCCGCGCCCCAGGAGGCAGGCUCCCCCGUGGCCUUCUACGCCGGCUCCUCGGGAGGGAUGGCCGCCCCGCAGACCCUGAGGUUCGACGCCGCUGACAUCAACGUUGGCAGCGGCUUCUCCCCUGAAGACGGCUACUUCCGGGCCCCCGAGCGCGGGGUCUACUUCCUGGCUGUGAGCAUUGACUUCGGCCCGGGGCCGGGCGCUGGGCAGCUGGUGCUCGGCGGUCACCGCCGGCUCCCCAUCGCGGGCGGCGGCACGGCCACGGCCUUCACGAUGGCCGAGCUGCAGAAGGGGGAGAGGGUGUGGGUGGAGCUCACCCAGGGGCCCGUGCCCAGGAGGAGCCCGCCAGGCACCGCGUUCGGGGGCUUCCUGCUGCUCAAGACCUGA